AUGUUCUUGAAACAGUUCACCGGACCCAUGCAAAUCAUGAUCGAAUGUGCCGCCUUGUUGUGCUUUUUGAUUCACAACUGGCCGGACUUCACCAUCAUCAUGGUUUUGUUGAUGACCAACGGCACCCUGGGAUUCUUCGAAGAGAAGAGCGCACAAGCCUCCGUGGAUGCUUUGAAGGCCGGCUUGGAGAAGAAGAUGCCGGUCAAGCGCAAUGGCAAGUUCGAUAGCAUCCCUGUGGUGCAGGUGGUGCCCGGAGAUGUGCUCUUCAUGCGCGGCGGCGACAUCGUGCCGGCGGACUGCUACUGGGUGGAAGGCGAUCCCUGCCAGGUGGAUGAAGCGGCCUUGACGGGCGAGUCCUUGCCGGUGAAGGUCCCGCGCAAGGAUGAUUCCGGGAAGCCCUUCUCGGGACGUCAGAUGUGGUCCGGAUCCAUCCUGAAAGUGGGUGAGUGCCAAGCCGUGGUCAGCCACACCGGCGUGAACACCAUGAUUGGAGAGGCGGCCAAGGCCAUUCAAGAGGCCAGUGGCAAGGACAUCGGCGUUUUUGAGGGGAAGAUUAUUGAAGCCGCGCAAGUGUUGAUUCUCAUCACUGUUGUGGUGGUGACCUUCCUGUUCUACUUCAUGUACGUCGUCCAGGGGGGUUGA